AUGAUGCACGACCUUCCCACGCCAGCUCCGUCGUCGGAUCCUCCGAUGCCAGGCUCGUCGCCCGUCAAAGGAGCGAAGAUCGGCAAGGCACUCAUGGCUGCCAAAGAGGCUGCCGCGACGCGUCCGUUUGCGCCUCUGGACCUCAACCUCGUCGGCGCUCGCGUCAAGACGUUCCAGGAAACGAGGGAAAAGGCCGGCGCCACUCCACCGCCUUCGUCGCCCCCCGCCUCGUCCGUGUUCCUCUCGUCGCCCGUCACGCAGCCGCGACACCAAGAGCUUGGCUUCUCGCCCGUCAAGCAGCAGCGCGCCUUCACUCCACGAAUUCAGCCUUCCCGCGACAGCACGGUGGGUGCACCGCGCGACCGAGCGCAGGAGCUCGGCAAUCAGCUUCUCGGCCUGGUCCCGAACACGGAGCUGGAUGCGGACACGGACGCGGUGCCGAACCUGCUCUUCGGAAGCAAGAGCGUCAGUCUCGUCAUCGGACGUUCCAAGCCUUCUGGCGAACCUCACGCCAUGGCUGCCAACGAUGGCUCGCAGCAGUCGACUGCAGGCGACAUCCCGCCCUCGAUGCAGGGCCUAGGCGCCAAGAAGGUGAUGCGCGUCAAUCUGCCCAACGACGCGCGCCACGUCUCGCGCAUCCACGCGAUCGUCGAAUGGAUCCCCUUCGUGGCGCGUGCGGCUGCAGUCAAGAAGCAGACCGUGUCGAGCUUCACCGCCAAGGGCUCACCUGUGGGCGCGCGCCUCGCGUCGCAAUCCAACACGAGCGGCGCAAACGGAACGUUCAUAGUGCGCAUCGUCGGCCAGAACGGCCUGAUCGUCGAGGGCAAGCGUCGCCGCGAGGGCCAGGUGCUGCGUCUGACACCCGGCAAGACGCUCAUCGACUUUUUCGGCGUCAAGUGCCGCUUCGAGCAUGUGCCUUCCAGCACCGACCGCCGCGCCUCGCCCGUCAAGUCGUCGCAGGCGCGCGUGCACGAAUGGACGCAGCGUGUCACGUCGCCCGUCAAGAAGGGCGCGGCUGAUGUACAGGCGCCUGUCACCACGCAGGCCUUGGAAGGCAUGCCGGUCAGCUCCCCGCCGGCCAGCUCGCCUCCUCAUAUGCUCGGCUUGCUGUCGCCAAGCAAGCGCGCCAGCAGCAACCGCGGCCGCGCUUCAGCCGCCGACGCAGAGGAUGAGGAAGCCGACGACGUGCACAGCUCGCCCACGCCUGCCCACCGACGAGGUGGUGGGCUCGUGGCAGGACCGCUCAACGCUCAGCAAGUUCGCGCCGGCGACAGCGACGAGGAGAUGGCGAGCGGCGCCAAAGCGCUCUUGGACGACGACGACGACGACGACGAUGAAGACGACGAGAGCGACGAUGAGGACUACGUGCCCGCCGAAUUCGAGCCCAAGCCCAAGUCGGUGUCCAGUCCGCGCAAGCUCGUGGCUGCGAUCGCCGCCCUCGACGAUGACAGCAGCUCGCUCUCAGAUUCCGAUGCUGUGGACGAGCAGAUCGGCGACGCAGCGCUCGCCACCCAGCCGACGGUGACGACUGCUGCGCGCAAGCGCACUCCGACGAGCGAGAGCGCCACCUCCAAGGCGGCGGUCGCGGGUGAUCUCACAGAGUCGCAGGCCAAGAUGCCCCCACCUGCGGCCACGGUAGCUGCUGUGCGCAGCUCGGCGCGUCGAUCGGCGAGCAACAGUCCGGCGCCCUCUUCGCCGCUGCUGGGCUCGUCGGUGCAGGAGCUGCAGAAGCUGGCGCGCAACGGCGUUAGCCAGCUGGCGCCCACGUACGAUCUGCCUGGCCUUCUCGCCGGCGCGAUCGUCUUCCACCGCACGGCGACGAUCAGUGCGUCGGAAGCGGUGCGCUCGGUGCUCACCACCACGCCCGGGCUGAUGAAGGGCCAAGCGGGCGAGCAUUCGGUGGCGUUCAGUCCGUCGAAACGCAAGCUGCCGGGCGCCGCCACGCUGCAGCAAGGCUGCACGGUCGACGGCUGGCCCACGCAGAGCGAGGGCGGUGAGCGCUGGACGUCGAUCGCGCGCAAGGCGUGGCGCGAGCAUCUCGAGGUGGUGUUGCAGUCUUCGCCGAUGUUCGGCGUGAUCCAGCGCGCGGGUAAGGACGCGUCGGGAAACCCGCUCGAGUGCUGGUACUACUAUGACAAGGAGAACGACCCGGACAAGGAGCGCGCCGAGAACCUCGGUGUGUUCGCCAAGCCCAUGCGCAAGGCGCUCAAGGGCCAGAAGCCCAUCUUCUGGAAGCGCAGCGGCUAUGCUUCGCGCCAGGACGAGGUGGCCGAGGUGAAGCCCGAGACCAGCUCGAGCUCGUCUUCGCUGGUGGGAGAGCAGGAGUCGAUCGACAUUGCGAGCGCGCCGCUGCCGUCGUCGUCCAUGGGUAACGGCCGCAAGAGGAAGGCGGGCGCAAUGACACAGACGCAGGCCGAGACGCAGACAGGAGGUGCAGGCGCCGACGACGAGGCGAGGCGGCGCGAAAAGCUGCGUGUCAAAAUCGCCAGGAGCGGCCUGUGGGACGAGACUCAACCUGAAGAGAAGGAGGCUCCCACGUGGGACCGCAAGGGCGAUCAGGAUUACAGGAAGGGUCGCAAGUGA